UUUGGCGCAAAAUCGUGAGGCAACUUCACCACUAUGGCAAACAUGUCCUAUAAACAAACAAAAAACACAAUAACGUUUUCAUCCAGUUUACUUUUUAAAUGCAACGUUGCUCGUUGCAAUUAUGGGCGCCGUUGAGCAAUAAAGUGCGCGUGUAGUUGACCUCCCGCCCUGCAGGUGUCGCCGUGCGCCAGUGACGCUGAUGUGAGGAACGGAGAAGAGAUUUGUUUAUACACCCAUGUGAUAACUUGUUUGUCGCGCAACACAGACGAUUGUACCAAACAUUUUAAUUGAGUCAUAUAUUUUUUGCUGUUUUAACUUUAAGUCAAUAUGUUUUUUCACUCUCGCUGAAGAAACGGAAACGUGCGGAACUGUCGCGCUAUGGAUGAUAUAGAGGCUGAAUUGAAUAUUCCGGCAGUGGACUCGCCAGAGGAUGAAACGACACAUCAGAUGCUAAUAAAAAAAAAAGUUAAACGCUACAAACGGUCACAAUACGAGGGUCCACCCAGAGAGUCUGGUUUUCAUAAAUCCACCAGACAGUGUCUGAAAAUCAUCAGCGAUGCGAUGCUGCGUCAUAACUGGCAGGAGGCUGCAGAAUAUUUCACAUCUUACAUCCAAACACUGGAGGACACCACUGUUGGUAGACCUGUGACAUCGCUGCCACGUGAAGUCAUUUGGAGACUAGGAACAGAAAUCCUACAUAAUCUCCCUAAUGCCAAUAAUGAAGAUUUCAAUGCUGUAUAUAACCAAAUGAAAAACUCUGGGGUCAAAAACUAUGCUAAGAUUUGCUUGGAACACGGUUUUCAUCUCAUGCUGAACGGACAGUGGGAUGAAGCUAAGCGUCAGCUGUCCGUCGCCGAUGGCUGGAGGUACGGCAAGCAGGAGACCAGUCAGUCUCUGGAUAUGAAACUCAUCCGUGCCUACUGUGGCUUUCUAGAUUACUUCAUCUGGUGUGAUAAGAAGUCCACCACAUCAGAAACAGAGGAUGUCAACAGUGCUCAAGAGAUGCACAGCUGCUUCAGACAAGCUUCAGUGACUCUACAGGAGAUUAUAGGACAGCCGGGAAUCUGGGAUCCUUUUGUGUUGAGUUACGUUGCUAUGCUGGAGUUUUACAACGAUGAGGAAGGAGCGCUGAAGGUUCUGCAGAAUUACGCUUACAACAAGGACUUCCCAUCAAACCCCAAUGCUCAUGUCUACCUGUACCAGUUCCUCAAGAGACACAAAGCCCCAAAAUCCAAACUCAUCGCUUCAUUGAGGAUUUUGCACUCUUUGUUGCCGAGUCACCAGCUGAUGUUGAAGUUAUGCUCUCUGCUAAAUCAAACCAACGAACUGAAGAAUCUACAAGAGGCAUUUCAAGUCUGUAUGGACCUUCUUGAGUUUUCCAGCUGGAAAUCUGACAGGAAGGCUUGGAAAUGUCUUCUGGAAAUCAUGCAGAAACAUAAGACAAUACAUUGCUUGUAUCUUAUAAGGAAGGAAUGGGCCAUCAGAAAAUCAUUGUGGCUAGCCAUGCACUUCAGACCGUACAUCGGCAAGGCAGAGUCAGAGAGAGAUGUGAAACUUUUGCAAAUCAAGGCAAAAGUUUUAAGGCUUACGGGUGAAUCAAAGAUUACUUUAAAAGUGCUCGACUAUCAAGGGAACCGAAAGAAGACAAUACAACAAACACUGAAGACAACAUUGAUGGGACUGAUUUAUAAAAACAUUCACGUUUCCCAUUUCAAGAGUCGGGUAGCAUUGCCUUAUGAUGAAUAUGUAUAUCAUAAUAAUAUUUUCAUAUGAAAACUGUUCAUGUCUCCAUGUUACUAAGGCUCUUUGAUAUUGAUUUCUCACAUUGCAUUAAAAUAAAAGAAAUGCAGUAAAUUCACAGACAGCUUUGAUUGUUUCCACAAGGUGGCGCAGGCGCUGCAUUUAUAAAGGCUGCUGUAAUUCUUGAAUGUAUUUUUAAUACAAAAUUAUUUUUUGUUUGUGACAAAAUUAUGCACUGAUAUUUGCAAUGGGAAAAUAAUGAAUAUCCUGAUCCCGUUUUAUAUUGGGUGUUUUUAAAAUACUGUGAUUCUGCAGAAGCAAAAGCAUUUGAUACAAUGUGAUGGUGUUUUUAUGGAGGGAUUUAAGGUUAGACACAGGGUUAAGCGUGUUAUUACCCCUACUGAAAAAUACAACUGAGACCAGCCUAAGAUAGUUGGCUGGUUUUAGCUCGUGUAGUAAGCUGGUUUUAAAGAGGUUUUGUAUAUUUUAUUGCUAUUCAGGCAAGAAGACCAGCUGACCCUCCAACUUAUACCAGCUUGACCAGGCUGAAAACUUUGCUAAGCUGGUCUUACCUGGUUUAACAUGAAAGUAGCUGGCUAAAGCUGGUCUUCCAGCUUGACUAGCUAAAAAGUGUCCAAACCCCCUCUAAAACUACACCAGCUUAACCAGAUAAAACCAAGCAACGAGCUUAAGAUGGCUAAGGUGGUCGUUUUAGUAAGAACAUGAAGUUAUAUAAAGUUUAAGUACAAUUUAACAGAACAUAUGUACACAAAAGGUAUAUUUGUAUUACGUUUUUCUUAUGUAAAAACAACAAAUAUAAGUGAGACCAAAUUAUUUUAUUAAAUGGCUUCAAUUUAUUUUUAAUUCAGAACAAUUUGAUUGAAAAGUUAGAUUGAGAUCGUUACAGUUUUUGGUUUGUUCUCCUCUUGCUUUAAUGACAGCAGCUUUUGUGCUUCCACUCUUUGUAAAAAGAAUCUCAUAUGCUAAUGUUCACACAUUUUAUCUAAAAAAUAAAAUCGUCCUUUGUUUUUCA